AUGGAGACGACCAAUGACGAAGACUUGGCAAACUUGAUGUUUCUGGACCCUCUCGAACACAUGGAGGACAUACCAUUCGAGGGCGGCGAUGACAGCUCCUACAUAGAUGAAGACGAAUCUAUCACCGAAUAUACCACCGAAGAAGAGGAUCCCGAAGAGGACUUCUCUGAAGAGGAGAUAAUCCCAAUCCCCCCAAAAGCAGAAGGAAAACGCGUUGCGUCUCCGAUGCUCCCUGGCGAUCAGCCUCUUAACAAGCGUCCGCGACAAUCCACUGCUGAAGAAGAUUUCGACAUUGCCAGGGUGGUGGGGGCUAUAGAACAAAACGCAAUGAAGAUGAGCCACAAGGCGAUACUCUGGGAGGAGUACGAGAAUAGUCUGAGAAUUUUGAUCGAGAAGGUGUACAACAUGAAAUUUGAAGCUCGCGAAGAAGAAGAUAAGAAGAAUAAGAAAUUCAGGAAGGAGACGAGAAAGAACUGGGAGGAAGAGAAGAAGCGCUGGAAUGAGAUGAGAGAACAUUGGGAGAAGGAUAAAAAACACCGGGAGGAGGAGAAGAAGCAUCGGGAAGAAAUGCGGAAGUUCAUGGUCGCAAUCUCUAAAGCCUUUGGUGUGACAGCGUAG